ACAAAAAAACAAAAAGAAAUAACGAAAUCUUGAAAGUAAACAACAAAAAUGGAUCAAGACAGAGAACGUGGAAGAAGCUGUUGUGGCUGCUGCUUGAGCUUCAUCUUCACAGCAGGACUCACCUCUCUCUUCUUAUGGCUCAGUCUCCGUGCCGACAAACCCAAAUGCUCAAUCCAAAACUUUUACGUCCCUGCCCUCAACAAAACCCUGAAUUCACGGGUCAAUACCACUCUCAACUUCAUGGUUCGUUGCGACAAUCCGAACAGAGACCAAGGAGUCUACUACGACGAUGUCCGCCUCACCUUAUCCACCGCCAACACGACCAACACCAACUCCUCUGCUCCUCCCCUCUUCGUUGGCAACUACACAGUGCCUAGGUUCUACCAGGGACACAAGAAGAAGGCCAAGAAGUGGGGUCAGGUUUCGCCGUUGAACAACCAGACGGUUUUACGAGCGGUUUUUCCUAAUGGAUCGGCGGUUUUCAGGUUGGAUCUGAAGACUCAGGUGAGAUUCAAGAUUGUGUUCUGGAAAACUAAGAGGUAUGGGAUUGAUGUUGGUGCUAAUGUUGAAGUCAACGGUGAUGGAGUCAAACCUAAUAAGAAAGGGAUUAAGAUGAGGAAAAAUGAUUCUUCUUUUCCAUUAUCAAGAAUCUCUUUCCCUAUUUGUGUUUUGAUGAAUUUGCUACUCUUCUUCGCCAUUCGUUGAUUUGAUUGGUCUUGAAUAUUUUUUGUUUUGAUAUUCAAAUUGUCUUUUUGAUAAAUUUGUUCAUGAGUUUUUUUGUUGUUGCUGUUGUCUGUGCUAGUUCCAUUAUCUUCUUGUUAAUUCGACCAAUGAAUCAUUUAUUCCAUUUUCUUCUUGUUUGCAACUAUGUAACAGUAGUUCCUAAUUCCUAUCAACCAAUUCUAUUUGAAAUUCCAUUAUCCAAUUUUAAAUGUUA